AGGCAUGGAGGACAGGAUUGCCCGUCCUACCUCCAUUCACGAGCCCGGCUUGAAACGAUUCGCUCGGUACCGCCGUUCCACACGAUCACGUUCGAGUCCUUCCGUCCGCAUGGGCCAGCUCCAGACUGGCCCGAAGGAGAGGCGGCUUUUGUGCUGUCCUUCAACACCGACAGCGCCUGCAUCGGCGGCUCGAACCGACACACUCGCACUCGAAAGAGUCUCCGGCUCGACAACUCAAGUCUUAUUCUUCGUCCUCCUCCUACCUCUAAUCAGCAUCAUAAUUAUCUUAUUAUUAUUAACAUUAUUCUCAUCGGUCAUAAUCAAGAGAAUCCUUGCCAUUUUAUUCUUCUUCUUAGUCCUGCUCCUCUUCGCCAUUCGCAGUAUCCUCUUCUUAAUCAGUACAUUCUUCUUCUUCUUUUUUCUCCUCCUACUCAUCCUUUUCAUCAAAAGCAUAAACAUUUUAUUCUUCUUUUUACUAUCUCAACUCGUCCUCAAUCUGUUCAGGCUCUUCCGUCCAAUUAUUAUUACAACCUUCUUAAAUUAUCAAUAGCAUUUUUUGAUAUAAGAGUUUCAGCAUCAUCUUCUUCUAACUGGUAUCGCCCCUCUUUCUACCUACUUCUUUACCAUCAUCAUUAUCAUCAUCUUCUUUUAAUUCCCCCAAAUCCUCCUCCUGCUCCUCGUCGUCGUUCUCUACUUUUGCGCUAUCAUUCUCAGCAUCAUUAUCAUCAAGCUCAUUCUCUUCUUCUUCAUCCGCUCCAUCUUUAA